UGUUCAUAAGCACACUUGCAUGUUUUCAGGUUGACUGCGAGUGCGAUUUAUGUGAAGUAGGCGGUUUCUGAGCCUCAAGGGCCUUAAUACGGCUAUGGCAGAGGGCAACGAGCAUUUACUGGGUGAAAUGGAUGAACAGCAACGCUACUCUGCCAUGGACAUGGAAGAUCCUAAAUCGCCUCAGUCAGGAGACGGCCUUUUACCCGGCGAGGGCAAAAAUUCCUCUUCACUAAAAAUCAACAAACGCGCUCUUGUAAUAUUUUUCGGUGUCACAGUUGUCGCCGUUGCCGUCAUUGUUGUUGCUGUUCUUGUAUCUUUAUAUUCCGGUGGUGUUACCAUACCUGGAAGCAGGUCUAGGAGGGCAUCGGGAAAAUUCACUUUAGAUGAUGUAUUUUCUGGGAAAUAUCAGCCAAAAUUCCCUUCUGUGAAGUGGUUAUCUGAUGAUACAUAUAGAUCUUUUGGUCCUGGGGGAAGUAUAAUAACGACAGAAGCAUUCUCAGGUGCACAGACUGAAGUAGUGAGUGCUAAAAGUUUGGAGGCAUUAGGAGGUGAAGGAUACACUCUCUCGCCAGACAAAACAAUGCUGUUUUUUGCAAAAAAUAAAACUAUGGAAUACAGAUAUUCUUCAUUUGCUGAUUAUUUUGUGUAUGAUAUAGCAAAAAAUAAAUAUGAAAAGAUAGUCACAAGUGGUGGUGUACAGAUUCAGCAUGUACGCUGGGCUCCUGAUAGAAAUGCACUGGUUUAUGUUGUUGAGAAUGACAUGCAUUAUAUUGAUGAUGUGAGGCUCCCUUUACCUGAGGCCCAUCGGCUUACUAAUGAUGGAGAUCGACUUCGUAUUUUCAACGGUGUCCCUGACUGGGUUUACCAAGAGGAGGUACUUAAUACAGAUUAUGCCAUGUAUUUCUCUCCGGACUCCAAAUACUUGGCUUACAUGCAGUUCAAUGAUACCCGUGUAAAAGAUUAUGUGUACCCUUGGUACGGCUCAGCUAAGAACAUCUACCCAUCCCAGCGCAAGAUAGCAUACCCCAAGCCAGGGACCCCUAACCCCACAGUACGUGUCAAGGUGAUAGAUCUGACACGUAUCACAAAGGGCCUAUUACCACCUGCUGCCGAGCUACCUGUGCCGGCAGGCUUUGAUAAGAUUGAGCACUAUGUUGUUAAUGUUGGAUGGACAACAACUAACAAGUUCACAGUACAGUGGCUGAACAGAUUCCAGAAUCAUAGUCAGACGGAUAUCUGCUCAGUGGAUGCAGGCGGCAUGAAUUGUAUUAAGGGUCACGAAGAGCAAGUGAAGGGAGGCUGGGUGGAUGACAAAUACACAACGCCCUUAUUCACGAAAGAUGAGAGUGCAUAUGUGAUUCUGUACCCAUUCACGCAAGGGGAAAAUGGAGCCUUCAUACACCUUGCGCUAGUACAACUUGGUCUAAAGGACCAUUCCAUAAGAGCCUUAACCUCGGGAGCAUGGGAAGUUACCAAAAUUCUCGGCUUUGACAAAGAGAAUGGCAUAGUGUAUUUUGAGAGCACCGAGACAGGCCCUACGCAAAGGCAUAUAUACAGUUUUGAACUUGCAAGCAACACCAAGAAGAGUUUGACAAAAGACUUGGCAUGUAAUUACUUCAAGGCGGACUUCAGUAAGGAUGCAGGGUGGUGUGUAUUGACAUGCCAAGGCCCAGACGUGCCUUGGACAAACCUUCGCAACAGCAAGACAGGCGCAGCGCGAGCACUUGAGAACAACGAUAAGUUGAAGAAGGAACUUCAGACGCUGGGUCAUGCUCGCACGGAUUUCAUCAAAGUGAGAAGCGGGACGAAUGAUAUAAAUGUCAAGCUUGUUUUCCCUCCAAACUUCGAUCCAUCAAAGAAAUAUGCCGUCCUGUUUAGCGUGUAUGGUGGCCCAGGAACACAAAAUGUAUUAGAGGCGUGGCAGCUUGGUUAUGAGGCUGGUUACCUGGUCCGUAACUUUGACCUUAUUAUGGCAUAUGUGGACGCGCGGGGAACUAUGGGCAGGGGCAACAAAUUCAAGCAUGCAGUAUACCGUGACCUUGGCAGGAAUGAGGCAGAAGACACGAUUGCGGUCGCAAAGUUUUUGAAAUCCAAAAGUUAUGUGGCCAAGGAUAAGAUCGCUAUUUGGGGCUGGUCAUAUGGGGGCUAUCUUACCUCAUACAUCAUCGGCCAGAACUCUGGCGCCUUCAAUCUUGGCAUGGCUGUGGCUCCGGUAGCUGACUGGCGCUACUACGACUCUAUCUAUACUGAGCGCUACAUGGGUCUCCCAAAAGAAAAUAGCAAAGGAUACGAGGACUCUUCCGUUCUACCUCUUAUUAAGAACUUUAAGGAUGUGAGUUAUCUAAUCGUCCAUGGCACAGGAGAUGAUAAUGUGCAUUUUCAAAACUCGGCGCAGAUCGUGAAAAAGCUUACGCUUGAGGAGAUCGACUACCGGGUCCAGUUCUACACGGAUAAAAACCACGGCUUGGAGGGAGGUGGGACCACGAGCCACCUGUAUCACCUCCUGACCAACUUCCUGAUCGAAAAGCAGCACAUUAAAGCAUUCUCGUAAAUCGUGCAGUCACUAGCCUGCAUUGAUAGCGUUUCUGUGGGGUUUCAGUGGAGAUAGAUCGCGAGCGAGCAAGCGAAAAGUAUGACAGGGCAAUGAAUGGGGAGGGGGGGGGGGGGAGAAAACGUUUGCCGACACUCGUUGUAUUCCUCAGAUACGCCUCUUGGGGCUGCUCCCCGCCAACACGAAGGGGGCUGUUUUUUUCGCCUCUCUCCCUUCGCCCGGGCCAUGUUCUUUGUUCGCUCAUUAUUUACGCCAAAACCCAACUGAAACGCUUGUUUCGCAGGCAAUGCAGUCACUCUACCGAUACUUUAUACCAAUUUAUUAAAACAAGCUUGCACUCGAGAAUCCAUGUACCGUAACCCGCAGUGCUUCAUGGGUAUAGAACAAAUGAGUAUUAGGAACAAAUCCUGGUUUAGGAAAUUAUAGCAUAUUCUGUGUGCCCCUAAAACAUCAACAUGGCUUUCAGAACCAGUAUUUCUUUUACAGUGUGUACAUUAUCUAUGGUGGUGCAACGGAAAGUUUGGAACAUGGCUUUACAGAGUGCAACCUUUUUUGAAAUGGGGCUAUACCCGAAUGUUACCUUACCAUAAAUAAAAAAAAUGUAUCACUCUUUCGACAUGUUUCAUCCAAAAAAUGUAUUUUACUGCGGUAAGUGAUUCCUAUUUUAAAUUCCCGAUUCCCAAAAUAAUAAAUUAUAGAGGGUCAAGAGAUGCAACGAUAUCUAAAAUGAAUGCCAAGAAUAUUAAUGUUUUUCGGGACGAAAGCGUUGAAAAAUGAUGCACAUAUCCUUAACUGGCUAUAUAAUGGCGAUAGGGAGAAUACCUACAGAGUCCCGAGAACGAAUAGUGCUCCUCCCUGCGUCACCUUAUUUGUCGGGCAUAUUGUCUUGUACAGUUCAUCACUUUAUUUAACGCACCUAUUGGUAAUAUUUAGCGAGAAUUAUUUUUGGCUUGGUGAUGGCCACAUGUCUUGGGCAAGGAGAGCCAUCGUUGAACAAAACGUCAAACAGUUGUAAAACAAACCAGGGCAGUAUGACUCUUCCAAACAGCCCAAAGGUCUAAGUUAUUAAUUUCGUAAUAACAUAAAAUAUAUGGGAGAAUAUAGUUCUUACAUUGUAUAGGAUUCAUUGUGCAAAUGUAGAUGCGGAAUAAUAGUGUUGAAAAUAAUUCGUUGAUAGAUAAUAGAAAUGGUAAUCAAACAAGAAAGAAGAAAACAAAUGUUUUUUUUUUAAUACUAGACUGGUAAAAGAAAUUGUCUUACUUGUGCAAAAGCUUGUGGGAAGGUUCUGCCUGUAUAUGAUAACCACAGGGAGGCUUGGUGGAGAAGCCGUGAUUCUCUCCCCAGGUGGCUAUCGGUAAUUACGCGCCUAUCCACAGGGUACCAUUUUCUGCAUACGCAAAUUUUUUUUCUCGAAUACGGCUCAAUAGACCACGGAAUGUAAACUUUGAGGGGUAUGAUUAAUGUAAAAAUGUAUGUAACAAUAGCCGUACGGUGAAUAGAAGUAAAUAUAUUGAAGAUA